UUUGAUAGUUGGCUGAGUUUAGUCGGCGGUUCGAUAAGUCCACCGGAAACCACAAAAUCAUAAAAAAAUUAGUCUUCAAGUUCAAAGAAGCUGUCGUAGGUAUGGCGUACGGCAGGGAGAGAGAUCAGAUCGUACAGUGGUGGUUCUUUCUUCUCGAGAUAUCGAAUCAAAAGAAAAAAAAGAUCAUCAAGUUUUCUGAUUUCCAAAUUGCACAGUGAUAAUUAUCGUAAAAUCGAAAGUUAUCGUACAGGCUGAAUUUUGGAUCGUACAAGGUUUCAAAUUAUCGUACGAAUGGGAUCAUUGCUAUAAUCGUUACUUGUCCAUUUUACAAACCAUUCAGUGAUGUGUACGUCAACGAUAGUUACGCUUCUUGUGGAUAUAAGACUAACUAAAUAACAUAGCAUUGAACCUUGUACUAGGAUCUUUGGCAGUAGCACGGGUAGGAAAAUUUUCCCUAGCGGCAAAAAUAUGAACUAGAACAAAUAGGUUACUGUACAUUACCAAUAUAAACAAAAUAGAGAACAACGUAGAAAUUUUUUUAUAAAAUUAUCAUUGUCUUGUAAUUAAAUUUAAUAAAAUGAAACUUAYAUUGCAAGAAAUUUUUAAAUUUGCUUGCACAGAAUCAAGCAAUAAAAGUUUUGUUGAUGGUGAAAGUGUAUUAAAUGCUGGACAUGUGAUUAAGUGUGGGCAAGUACCAUGUAGUGAUUGUAAUAUUAUGGUCGAAUAAUUGGAAUGGGUUGUUCAUGCAAGGGUGAUUUAAGUGGUACUUGUAAACAUAUUAUAGCAGUAUUGCUCUAUUGUAACCGAAAUGAUUUGGAGAGUUUGCAAAUGAUCACGUACACUGAUAAAAAGUGCGUAGGGAACCAACCUCAUAAAUCAUCACUAGAAAAAUAUGAAGCCAAGCCAUUGGACGAGCAUGAAUGUUUUUCAAUGUCGAGAAAAAAAAUUUUAAAUACUAAAUAUCGAAAAAAAAACCCCUACGAGACUAAAGCUAAUGAUGACAACACUAAAUCCAAGGAUUCAGAUGAAAAUUUCCAGCUGUCUGAGGAGGAAAAUACAAAAAUAAGAAACUUAAUGAAUUGGAAGACAUGAAGCUAUCCAAAUUUCAAACAAUAAUUAAAUCUCCUCACAACUUAUUUUAUAAUUUAUACUCCAUGUGACGAUAAAUUACUGAUAAUACCUAUCAGCUUUGAUAUAAAAUACGCUUAAAAUUUAUUGUAUUCCUUAACAAAAAUUUAUUUUAAUAAAAUGGCUCAUGUAGUAUGUAA